UCCGGGUGACGACUCGUUGCGCGGCGCACGUGCGAGUAUACUGUUGUGGCGACUCGGCGGCGGUGCCAGUGGCGACUGUAUACGUAUAAAUACGAUCACGCGCGGGGUGUAAGCAUCUCAUAAUAUUAACGUGAUCAUAAUAUUAUUGCCGCUGUUGUCGUCGUUAUGAUUGCGACUUAAAUUUUCGUACUUCGAAUCACUCUCGUCCUCAAAUAUAAUAAUAUACUCUCGACCGUUUUAAUCGUAGUUAUUGUUGUUGUUGGUGUUGUUGGUGUUGUGGUUGUUGUUGUUGUUGUUAUUUUUGUGGUGUCACGGGUGCAGUUGUUUUCGGCAUACUUCACAAAGACCAGUACCACUAUUUUGGUAAAUCAUAUACGAAUAUUGAAUAUAUCUACAUUUUGCUGCUAAAAAUCUGAUCGACUUCAGAGAAAGCCGAAAUCAUUUUUUAAGUAUACAACCAUGUAGAACAAGCCGACAAAAGCAAUUUCGAUUCUAAACGGACCUUUUAUUACAUAUACAAAAAACAGGCGGUGACGAUGACGAUGACGACCACGACCGCGAUGACUGCAUGUGCAAUAUGAGUGUUGGCGCGCAGCGGUAAUGGUUCUAUGGACGACGACGGCGAUGAUGAUGAUGAUGAUGAUGACGACCACGAUGACGACGAUGACCAUCUCGUCGUCGCCCGGAUGUCCGGCGGGGUGCGCGUGCAAGUGGAAGAACGGCAAGCAGACGGUCGAGUGCGUGGACAAGAAGGUGACGAGCGUCACGCUGGCGCUGGGAAUCGACCCGGCCACGCAAGUGCUGGACAUAUCGGACAACGAUCUGUCGGCGGCCGGGCUGCCGCACGACACGUUCGCCGCGGCCGGUCUGUCCAACCUGCAGCGCAUCCACGCGUCCCGGUGCAACGUGUACUACGUGCACGACCGAGCGUUCCGGGGCCUGACCAAUCUGGUGGACCUGGACCUGUCCGGCAACUGUCUGCGGCAGGUGCCGACGGGCGCGUUCUCCGAGUGCCCGUCGCUGAUGAAACUCAGUCUGAGCGGCAACCCCAUCGGACAAGUGCCGGCCAAGGCGUUCCGGCACCUCAGCCAGCUGACCACGCUCGACCUGAGCGGCUGCGGGCUGACCGCCGUCGCGGCCGGCGCGUUCGACGACCUCGGCGGCCUCGACUGGCUCAGGCUGGACGACAACCUGUUGACGCACGUACCCGGGCCGCACACGCUGCCCGCCCGGUUGCACGGCAUCGACCUGCACCGCAACGACUGGCAGUGCGACUGUCGCAUGAUCGACAUGCACCGUUGGCUGACCGGUUCCCGAGUGCCGAUCACCGAGGAGCCUGUGUGUUCGGGUCCAGCCGCUUACGCUAACGUGCCGGUCAGUCGGGUGUCGGAGAUCGAACUGGCGUGCGCGCCGGCUGCGUACCCGGGCACGCAACCGGUGCAGGACGUGGCCGAGGGUGUCAACGUUUCGUUCCGGUGUCUGGUGGCCGCCACUCCGGUGGCCACGGUCGAAUGGCUUUACGGCGACGCGCCCGUGUACCGGCACAACGCGUCCGAGCUAAUCACCGUGGACGGCAACACGACCGCCGAGCUGUACGUGUACAACGCCAGCGUGGCCGACGCGGGUACGUACGCUUGCGUGGCCGAGAACAGGGCGGGCAGGGCUCGCGUCAAUUUUACGGUCACCGUCCGGCCGGGACGGUCGUUCCUGGCCGCGGGCACCGUCGACGACCGGUCCGCACCGUCUCAGUCGUCGUCGGCCACGGCGGGCGGCGGCGCAAGCGACAGCCGACCACUCCUAUACGUCGGUUGUUUGGCUGCAGGCUCGGUGGUCCUCUCGGCCAUGGCCGCUAUCCUGGUGGCCAUCCGGUGCAGACGGAUGAAACGCUCGGGCGCCGGCAGCCGGACCGGCGAUUCGUCGACCGCCAGCAAGCGGAGGCCCGCCGCGCCCGUGGCCGACGGUUACAGAACCGUCAGCACGACGGCCGACAAGGAACUGUCCGAGCCCGCGGAGCAUAGUCCCGCGUCGACGCGGGCCACUGCCACUUUGGUGACGGUAACGGCGGCUGGGCCUGCGAGGGUUGAAGACACCGCCGUCGCGUCCGUCGAGUGCAAUCCGGACGUGGUGAGCGACGUAAAGCGCGCCGGAUGGGAGAUCGAUUUCGAGCAGAUCGUUUGGGCCGAAUGCCCGCCGGCCACCGGUUACGUUUCCAUACAGAUUCCGGUGCAGUGCGGCAUCGAGUGUCUCGGGGCGUAUUACGCGACCGCCGCGGAGGCCGUGGCCGGUAACCGCUGUGGCGUGACCGGGUCUACAAUCCGAAGACAGCGCAGACGGGCGGCCGUGUUGACCGCGUACGACGACACCGUUCAGGUGGUGCGCACCACCGCGCAGGGUGGAUAUCCGUCGACGACCACGGGGCCCGGGACGAUUGGCACACCUGCCGCCAGCACGGCCGUCGCAUUUCGAGCCGCCGCACCACCGCCGACCAUCAUCGUGGACGACCCGGACGACAGCGGCGGCGGUGGUGUCGUCGUCGCGCCCAUCAUCAGCCCGCCGCUGCCGUUCCGGUCGGGCAACGAAAACGGCGCCGACAAAGACGACUCUAUCGCUCUGUAAUAAACAGCGAACGGCACACCAAAGCGAUGUUGUUUUUAUUCGUUAAUUAUAUUGUAUUAUUAUUUGUUCGAAAAAAAUCCAUAACAAUAAUUAUUAUUACGUUCUCGGACACGAGUUUGUUUUGCGACACGGUUUUUUUUUUUUUUUUUUUAAUAUUUCAGCAAUAUCAAUAAUUAUAUAACUAAACAUUAUAUUAUAUUAUAACGUAGCAGUACGGGUAUGAUUGUAAUUAUUAUUACCGUUAUUAAUAUUAUUACUAUUAUUAUAAUUAUUAAGAUUAUUAAUGCAGGACUCUACGAAAGCGAGAAUAAUAAUCAAAAAAGUUUUCUAUAAUGAAAACCAAAAUAUAUUCUUUAAAAAUAACCAGUUCAAAAGACCAAGAGAAGCAAUAUGCUAGACCUUUGAUUUAGGAGUGUACUAUAUUUAAAUUAUGCUAGCGAAGCGCAGAUCCUACGGCCAAAACACGGUCAAGUCAAACUGGCGAUGAAAAAUGAAAAUGGAAAUUAAUAUUAUUAUACCUACCUAAAUAAAAUAUCAUAAAAACUGUGUAAAAUGUGUUGAAGAUUAAUGAUUGUAUUAUAUUAUAUAAUAAUAUAUAUAUUAUUAUAGUAAACGAGAUCGUGUUAUGCAUAUAGUGAAAUAAAUAACGUGUGUUUUUUUUUUA